CUGCAUGUGGCCUCCCCUCUCCCUGGCCCCGUGACUCAGUCCCUCUGAGGGAACCAGCCCUCUUCUUGGCACACAGGGGCUAGGUGGUGACAUCAGAGUUGAGGAGUAUAAAAGUUCUCAACCAAAAUAGAAUUGAAGAUACAACCUGACAGUGGCCUGUGACAGGGGCCUCUCCGCCUGAUAGCCACGGAUAUCUGGGGGCAAACUCUCACUGUGACGAGGCCUACCCACUGGUGAGAGGCUACUGUGGGUCCCGGGAAGAGGGUGCACAGAAAGAAGUCUGAAUUGCCUGAGCAGGAUUUGUACAAAUGCAGACUCCAUGUUGGGCUCUCUUUCCCUUCUGUGGCUGGCAGCCAUGACCACCUCCUUGGUUUCCCAAUCUCAGAUCUUGACCCUGGAAGACUACCAGGAAGGAGAAGAGGAUGAUGUGACAGUAGCUACACCUUCCUUAGCUGUCCGUUGCGACUAUGACCGUUGCCGCCACCUGCAGGUGUCCUGCCAGGAGCUGCAGAAGGUUGGACCAGUAGCCUGCCUGUGCCCAGGGCUCUCCAGGGAAGAUCAACAGCCAGAGCCUCCUCGCCUGGGAGAAGUGCAAAUAGUGGCUGAAGAAGGCUACGCGGUGGUUCACUGGUGCGCUCCCUUCUCUCCAGUCAGCCACUACUGGCUUCUGCUUUGGGAAAGCAACGGGGCUCCACAGAAGAGUGCCCCUCUCAAUGCUACAGUUCGAAGAGCAGAGCUGAAGGGACUAAAGCCUGGGGUUGCUUAUGUCCUUUGCGUGGUGGCUGCUAAUGACGCAGGUGAGAGCAAUGUUCCUGGGGCAGAUGUCGAGGGUCCUGAGAACUGGACUGGCCCUUCCUUUGGGCCCUGUCGCAAGCUUAUCAUGCCGCCUAAGCCUGUUACCCUGGUCUAUGCAGCCGUGGGAGUGGGCACAGCCUUAGCUCUGCUGAGCUGUGCAGCCCUGGUCUGGCAUUUCUGCCUUCGUGAGCGGUGGGGUUGCCCCCGACGUCAAGGUAUUGCCCAAGCUUCAGAAGCUCUCUGAUGGGAGUCCCCUCGACUACAAACAACUCUGGUGCAGUCCAGCCUCAUCUGGAGAGCCCAACCCACUCCCAGGAGGAGUGUGGGGCUUGUUGCCACCUGGCACCAGAGACACAGCCAAGUCAGAGCAGAAGCCCAGGCAAUUAGCCUCAGGAUUGAGGGUUUGUUUAGUCCCUAACUGGUCACUAUGUUCCUUCCCUGUUGGGGGUUAGAAAAAGUAGCAAUUAUUCCUUGGAGGUCUGAUGAAAAUGAUUUAAGCUUUAUGGGUUUGAGGGGGUAAAAUUACAGACAUUAUACAUGAACUUAUAUAUAUAGCCAGUUAAAAUGGAGCUAUUUAAGGCCUGGCAUUGUGGUUUACAAUUUUAAUCUCCAGCACCCUGGAAGCAGAGGCAGGCGGAUCUUAGUUUCCAAAGCAGCCUGAUCUACAUAGAAAGACUCCAGGCCAACCCAGAUAAUAUAGUGAGACCCGGUCUCAAAAAGAGUAAACAAAAGCAAAACAAACAAAAGGAGGGGCAGGAUAGAGAGAUUGUUCAGCAGUUAAGAACACUGGCUAUUUUUCCAGAGGACAGAAUUUUAUUCCUAGCAUCCACAUGGCAGCUCACAACCAUCUGUAAUUCCAUUUCCAGGAGAUCGAGUGUCUAAUUCUGUCCUCUGCCAGCAUCAGGCACAUACAUACACAUACAUACAUACACACACACACACACAGACAAAACACUCAUACACAUAAAAUAAAAAUUAAUUUGAAGUGUAGCUGUUUAAAAAUGUAAACUGUUCAUAGCUCAUAGGUCUCUCACAGCAAGCAGCAGACCACGUUUGGCCUGUUGGCUGAGUUUUGCCAACACCUGUUAUUCUCAAAAUGACUCUGUGACUGUGGGUGGCUUCCACGCAUAUUUUGAGAAUAAGCAGGGUAGAUGUGGAGACUGGAGCUCUGUCCUUCUGCUACCUGUUGUUUCCUUCCUAAGGAUGCUCCUGCUCAGACUUCACGUGGGGCUAUGGAAGCUGGGGAUUAAAAAUCAACAUGGGCUGGAGGAGACAGGGCCCAAGCUUCUGUCUACAUAAAUUAGUGGUCUUGUUUGUUUUGUUUUUGUUUUUGUUUUUUUUUUUUGGUUUUUCGA